UGCUGUGUGUUGUGUUUUUCGGGGAUACAACCGUCUUCUGGAAGCUUCGCCUUCUACAUUUUUGCGCUUACAAUUGUUGCUUUUGGAGCCCACGAGUGCGUAAGUGGUCUCCCACUGACCUUGGAUGACCCCACGCAUGCAGCGAAACGAGUGAUGAAGGUUCGCUAGAGUGGCUUUGAAUGGCUUUGAAAUGGCAAGCACACGGCGCAACGCCGAGUCGCACAAGCGAGAAAGAAUCGAACAAGCUCGACGGCCCAGGUGGCGCGCUGGGUUGGAGAGUAGUUUCCUCCUCCCAGUGGAGAAAGCCUAUAUAAAUGCGCCCAUUAGAGUCCAGGGGGCAAACGACACGUGCAGGUGCCCGCCGGGAGAGUAUCACAAUGGCUGCACCCCGUGAGACCCACAGGAGCCCACUGCCGAGCCUGCCAGACAGGAGACAUAUGCGACUUAUUCUCCCCGACUUGGAGGAGAUGGUGGCCACCAACCCAAGCAAGGUUCAAGAGUGCGGCAGUUACGUGGACUGGCUUUUCAACCUAGCCAAAGUGACGGGGCUCGUCGAACCGCACGCGUCCACUCCCUUGGCCGACAGCAACAGCGUGUCGGUGUUACCGCGCAUCUGCACAUCGCCCUCACCGGAGAUCUCCCUGCAGGCGUCCCACGCCUCAGCCAGCGCAGCUGCUUCGCUCACACCGGUGUCGGUGUCAAACGCUCCUACAGAGCCUUUGUGAAGCUGCGCACACUUCGAAUCCAGAACGUCGUCGUCGCUACUGGACGCUCCGCAGCCGUGCCCGUCGUUUUCUUACCGUGGUGUGCGAAGAGUUGCACUGUGCCGCAAAGUCCCGACUGCCUUAUAAUAAAAGGGCUAAUAAAAAUGUACAA